GAGCGAAUGACUUGCGCCCUACGGCUUUCCUUCCAUCACCUGAACAUCCUGGACACAAUGCAACUCCACCGCACCCUCGCACUUGUCUGUCUAUAAAGAGGGUCAGGAAGAGAGUUCCAGCCUCCUUUGUGCUCUGAGCAAGCGAAAGGCUAUGUCUGAAGAGGAGGAACACGACAUAAAAGCUGUGGAUGAGCUUGCCAAAGUACUUAGAGACUUAGGUCUUAAUACAACUUUUUGGAUUCCAAAACUACGAAAUAUUUUGGAUAUCACCAAUGUAAAAGCAUUGCAAUAUUUUGGCCCUGAGGAAUUUGAAAUCAUAGAACCACAUUGCCGGCAUUCAUGGGAGAAAAAGGCAUUGUGUAAGUUAGUGGAAAUGUCGGGCAAUGAAGUUGUUUUAAAACAAUCACAACAAUGUGAGCCAAUUGGAAAUAAACAGAAGCAAGAUGCACCAACAAAGCAGCAUCCGGAACAAAUCCAUCAGAAAAGAUUAAUUCACAGUGGUGAGGCCAACGUAGAGACUGAGACAGAGCAGCAAAUGGAAUUGAAAAGAGCAAAAGAACCCCCAUUGUGGGAUGGCAGCCAUUCCAAUGAUAUGGCAAACACUUCUCUAAAGCAGUUAAAUUUAGCAGACAUUUCAACUUUACGUGGGACUAUUUCACGUCUAAGUCUUUUACAAAAUGCAUCUAAAGGACUUGCUUUGGAGGGGGUGUAUCGAACUGGUCAAAUAAAGGAUAGGCUAAAGAAAAGAGGCAAACUCUUAAACAUCCCAAUGUCGUUUGAUCUUGCUGGGCCAGUACAUCAGCCGAUGAUAAAUAAACAAGAGUUUUCAUCAUCUGAAGAGGAAAACAUAUUUGAGACAGCAGUGGAAAUAAUGGGAUUCAAUACCAUAACGACAGAAGAAGGUUUCCUACUGGCCUUGAAUGAAGAAAUCAACUCGCGGCAUAGCAAGGCAUUACACAAUGAAAAAAAGCAACAAGAAAAUCUCACGGAUACCUGCAUUCAUAGCGCCAAAUACCUGUACCUACCACUUGCCUCAGGAAGUCUUGACUUUAAUCAACUCAAGCUCUCUGAUGAGGCGUUGGAGGAAUUACAAAGCGUUGAAAACACUUUAAAAACCGCGAAGGAUUCUUUUAAAACGCAUGUGCUAAGAAACAGGUUAAGAAGUUUUUUUGAGAAAUUUGGCUCUCAUGCCCAUACAGGUCCUGUCCACUUUGGUGGGAUUUUUAAGUGGAAAGCAUCAGCAGAGGGAAUCAGCUCCGAUGAGAAAAAGGAAGACAGAAAUAUGCUAUCGGAGGCAGUGGAAAGGUAUUCCACUUCUGCCUACAACAUCAGUGGCAGUGCAGGUGGUGUGAGCAUGAUGGCAUCCGAAUUUACCACGGAAUUUUCUGAAAAAUACAAUGCUCCACUUCUUAACAAGGUGACAUUUUUCGUAGGUACAAUAGGUGGACCACCUGGCAUUUGUUCUCUUCAACAAUGGAAAACCGACAUUGUAUCCAACACCAAGACGUGGUCUGUCAUUGAUCUAGGCACAUCAUUGGUUCCAGUGUGGGACAUUGUCAAGUUUAACCACAAGGAUGAUUUUCAAAAUACCUUGAUAGCUAGCAGGCUCAAGGAGGCAUACACACUUUUGACAAACCAAAAUCCAAAUUUUUGUCUAGAGGAUAUAUUGGUCUCUGCUAAUUCUAAAGCCAGGUCAGUGAUGCAAGAUAUUAAACAUUGGCAAGAAUCCGACAUGGAAAAUAAUUUAAAAAAGAUACUUGAUUUGAAAAAAACGUUAUAUGAUGAAACUAAAAGCAAUUUAACUUGGAUAAACACCUGUUUAUCUCACCCAGCCCUCCAAUCAUUUUUGUCAAAUCUUGUUACAGCACCUACCAAAACGGUGAAAAUCACAAAGCUUAUGCGGUCUAUUAUGGAGCCAAACAGCUGUGACGUUGACAAUUAUCCACAAUUCGCCUCCAGUAUGCAGUGGCUGAAUGAGUCUGAAGGAGUCCCUACUCAAUUAUCUGACUUUAAAGAUCUCGUGAACAUCUUAACAACAGCAGAAGAUAAUUUAAAAAUUGACUUUUCACCAACUUAUUCAAAAAAACAUGAAAAAAGAAACAAAGAAAUCACACAUGCAUUUAAUUCAUUCUGUCAAUCACUGAGAACAACAAAACUCAUCGAACAAGAGCUACUCGUAAUUUCAGUUGCUUCUGCUGUUGGCUACUGUGUAAAAGAAAGACGAUUUCAGCAUCCCCUGGAUUACGACAACAUUGAUCAUCUUCAACGUGCACUAGAGUCAGCUUACAGAGAGUACUCAAGACUAAUGCAACAAGACAAAUCCAGAGCUCAGGCAUACGUGUUACGGACAGGAUUGUCUAAUGCACGGACUCUUGUCGAAAAGCGAAAACAGUUCGAUUUCAUGAGAUCCCAGGUCGAAGAAACAAUGUGUGCUGAAGUUUCCCAUGUGAUUAAAUGCAGUGAAAUAGGGCCAACUGACUGGAAUAAACUUGAUAUGAUGCUGGAAUCCAUUAUCGCUGGAACUUUCAUAGAACAAACAUGUAGUUCAAAUAAAGAAUGUACGAUACGAAAUACAGGAAUAAUUUCCCAGGGGGGAUGGAAAGAGGACACAUAUUCAAGGCAAGAAGAAUUACAAAAUAAACCAUCUAUUCAACCACGAAGAAAUAAUGAUGAUGAAAGUUCAUGAAUCUGCUUGAAAGACUCUCACUGAUAAAAUACUACCCCAAGGAAUUACACACAAGUGAUGUAUGUGUUAUCAACAGGUCUCCAAUUCAAACUAACCCUGAUCGAUGCACAGCACAAGAACUUUCUCUUUAUUAUCUGCAAAAACUGAUGAUGAUUGACUAUCGAGCAAGAUGUGUUAGUUUUCAGUGUGAAAAUCAAAACCAAGGCAAAUUAAACAACUUAUCUCAGUCCACAAAUACAAAUAAAAGCCCUAAUAGUGAUAGCUUCUUUUCUGAUGAUAAUGACGUAAUAAAUAACAGCGAUGGGCCUAGGACAAACACUGAAACCCACAUUCACCCUAUGGACUUACAAAUGACAAUUUUCCAUUGUGGAGACAAUUUUGUAAGGCAGUACAUUUACACCAAACUUUCAUUCAUCCAGUUCGCACUUCCGCUUUUAGUUCCAAAUCCUUGUCGUUCAGAAAUAGAAUUCCCUAUAUGGUCAUUCAGACAGAUUAAAAAGAGCUGGAAAUACCGUGAUGCAUCUACCAAAAAAGUGCAAUCUAAAAACUGUGCAAUCAUUGAUGCCAACACUGCACUCGUGUCCUUCGUAAGAUUUGGUGAAUCACCCGCAUCAAAAUCUCAGAUAAUGAACUCUCUACUCGGCAAUCAAACGCAUCGAGUUUUCUUUCAUAGAUACUGCCGAGGCAGCAGCAGGAAUGGUCAACUAAUGAAAGGAGUUGCAGAGAUCGCCUGGUAUCUUCCAGGUGGGAAGGACGAUGAUGUAUUUAAUGACUGCAUAGCAUUCACUAAUCUCCACGGAGAUGCAAGAGAACACAAAACACAGGUGAAAUUUUUACAUGAGAUUUCGUCUAUAAAUGUUAUAUUACUGUCAGAUGGUGAUCGCGAUGAAGAAGGCAAACGUAUCUUAGACGAAUGUUUGAGUUCCCCAAAGCCGCUAAUUUGCCUCUGUGCUGACAAAAGGAGAGUUUCCAGUGGAGUAUCUGGAACAAACGCGAAAAUUGCUGUCGAGAAUCGAAAUGAGGCUGAGUUAAUCGAUGAAUUGACGUCAAUAAUCAAAUUGUUUUUAGACAAUUCAGAAAGAAAAAUUAGCAUCGAAGCUUUCUCAGCUAUUGCAAGACAGCAUAGCUGCAUUGUUGAUGAAGAUGAUAAACAAUGUGAAGAGGGCAAGGGUAUGGCGAAAGUUUUGCUGAGUCUUAUAAGUGACAAUCCACUGUGUUCCAUAAAGGAGAAAUUUUUGCCUCUUCAAGGGAAAUUGUGGCAGUCGUGGUGCAAGAAAGACAAAGAAUUGACUCGCAUGAUGGUAAGGGGGGGGCAAAGUGUUGAGGAAUACAAAAGUAAUAUUUUAGGAGAAAAAACACGCAUUAGGAAAGCACAGCUUGAAAAAGCAUUUCCUCUUAACGAAUUUAUGAGAUCAUUGAUUGAAAAUUUGAACCAUAAGUCAUGCACAGUAAAAACAUACUUUCUGCAUUGGUUACGCAUAUACUUAGAUUAUAUGUUUGCAGAUCGCUUAUCACAACUUCAUCUCAUUUAUCAUCAGGCCUGGAUGGCAAUAAUAGCGUUGAAAAAACAAUGUUUUAACACGAGUAUCAUUGCUAUAAAGCAAUCAGAGUUGGAUAAAAUAUCAGAAGAACUUGAUGCCUCUUCCUUUGGAAUUGAUCACGUUUUUAGGGAAGUUGGUCAGAUCUAUGAAGCUUCACAGACAAUGCCAUCAGUUAACAAACUCCCAGCUACUUUGCCCAAGAUUGCUGCAGAAAUGAUGAUCUCUGGAUUUCCUCUUGAACUCAUGGAUGGUGAUGCUGUACAUGUCCCUCUCAUUUGGAUUAGCUCAAUCUUGGACAGAAUCAUUGAUGAAAUUGGGAACGUGAAGCUGUUUGUUAUCUCAAUACUGGGAAUACAGAGCAGUGGGAAGUCCACGCUACUCAAUGCCAUGUUUGGUCUCCAGUUUCCUGUUGGCAGUAGGAGAUGCACCCGAGGGGCCUACAUGCAGUUAGUGAAGGUGGAGGCAGAGUUCAGUAAACAGCUGGGAUAUGACUUUGUGUUGAUAGUCGACACAGAAGGACUGCGUUCUGUAGAGCUGUCAAAUACAACACAUAGUCAUGACAAUGAGCUGGCGACGUUUGUGAUUGGGCUGGGAAACAUGACCGUGAUCAACAUUUUUGGAGAGAACCCUUCUGAAAUGCAAGACAUUCUACAAAUUGCUGUGCAGGCGUUUCUGAAAAUGAGGCAGGUGAAGUUAUCACCGAGCUGUGUGUUUGUCCACCAAAACGUAGGAGAAGUGAAUGCACACCAUAAGAACAUGGAGGGAAGGAGACGCUUUCAGGAGAAACUCGAUGAGAUGACCCGCAUAGCUGCAGAGCAGGAGCAGUGCGCUGUUGCAUCAUUUGACGCAGUGAUCAGGUUUGACGUGAACUUUCAGAUCCGUUACUUUGCUCAUCUUUGGGAGGGAGACCCUCCGAUGGCUCCGCCAAAUCCAAGCUACUGCCAAAAUGUUAAAGACCUUAAAGAAAUGUUACUUAGAAAUGCGACAAAAGAAAAAACAAUCAACGUCUUGAAAAUAUCAGAAUUCAAAGCACGCAUUAAGAAUCUAUGGACGGCUUUGCUCGCAAAAAACUUCUUUUCUAGCUUUAAGAACACAAUAGAGAUCGCAGCUUAUACCAAACUGGAAGAAAUGUAUGGAAAAUGGACUUGGGAACUCAGGAGUCAUGUUCUUCAGCAGGAAAACAAACUCUAUAACAGCAUUGAUAACAAUACAGAUACAAUGACACGAUUACAGAUUGAACGAAGAAUUUUGUCAAACUAUCAGGAUAUUAAAAAGAAAAUGGAAGAACAUUUCAAUAGCGCAGAUGAUGCAGAAUUCUUGGUUCAAUGGAAAGUUAAAUUCGAAAAAGGAUUUGAAACAGUGAAAGAAGAGCUAUUGUCUGAUGCUUAC